UUAAGAAGAAUUACCGUUAAAUAACCGAAAAUGGAAACCUCAUCUCUCCUGUCGUCAUUACAUGACGAAUGCAAACCAGACAGCUAUCUUGAACCGCACUAUAAGGAAUGGUACAGGCUUGCUAUCGAUGCUUUAAUUGAAGGUGGUUUGGAGGCUUACCAAGAAUUUCUUGCCAAGGAACGAUGCUCAGAAUUUCUAGCAGAUGAUGAGAUUAAUUACAUACUGAACACUGUUCAGAAAGUCCCCCAAAACACAGUGUACGCACCUGACAACACAGCUGAUGAUGCCUCUUCCUCAGGAACUUACUGGCCCAUGGAAUCGGACGUGGAAGCUCCUAAUCUAGACUUGGGUUGGCCCUAUGUCAUGCCUGGAAUAUCUGGCGGUACAAAUAUUGAGCUGCUGUUCCAUCCCCCGCGAGUACAACCUUUUACAAUAAAGGAAACUGUGAGGAAGAUGGUAAAAGAUGCAAGAAAGGUUGUUGCUAUAGUUAUGGAUACAUUUACAGAUGUGGAUAUUUUCAAAGAAAUUGUGGAAGCUUCUACUAGAGGGAUCUCCGUAUAUCUUUUGCUGGAUGAAUCUAACUUCAGCCACUUUUUUAAGAUGACAGAGAAACAGGGCUGUCAAGUACAAAGGCUCAGGAACAUGAGAGUGCGUACAGUAAAAGGGCAAGAUUAUUUCUCCAAGUCAGGGGCAAAGUUUCAUGGAAAAAUGGAACAAAAAUUUCUUCUUGUUGACUGCAAGAAAGUCAUGUAUGGCACUUACAGUUUUAUGUGGUCCUUUGAAAAAGCCAACCUCAGCAUGGUUCAGAUUAUCACAGGACAACUUGUUGAAUCUUUUGAUGAGGAGUUUAGGACACUCUAUGCCCGUUCUUCUGUUCCCAGCUCAUUUGAUCCAGAAUUAGUUAGGGUUAAUAGCCGGCGAGCUCUCUGGGACAGUGAUGCAUACCAGCAUUCACAGUCCUCCUUAGCUUCAGUUUCCAGCCAGCGUAAUCUUUUGGGGAGACAAGACAAGAUUCUCAGCUUUGAUCCCAGUUUUCUGAAAACCCGAGGAAGAUAUGGAAUAAACGACAAUGACAAAUUUGGUAAUAGAAAUCAGCUCUUUAAUAAAACACAAUUUCUUCCGGGUUUUCAUAUGCAGAAUAGAAUCCAACAACUACAGUCCAAUGAAGAGCACUGGAAAAGACACAGUUAUGCCGGGGAGAAACCAGAAAGGACUCCAUAUCUGAUGCUCAACAGAGCAAUGAACAGGACAAAUAAUUCAUCAAAUGCUUGGAAAGUACCCUCUGAUAGUCUCAGUAUUGUAUCCUCAUCGCAUGGAGGUCGUACAAACCACAAUGUACCUCAACAAAGUUUAGCAGAUCGAUUUCCACAGCCGAAGCUCAAUAUCGCAGGAAGAAAUUCAAUUGUUCGGCGGUCUUUCAAUGGAACAGACAGUCACAUGCGCCAUCUACAGCAGAAAAUGCCAACGCUUGAACAUACUACAAAAUCUUUUCUGCGCAACUGGCGGAUCGAAUCAUACUUAAAUGAUCAGUCAGAUUUUCCAGCAGAUUCUAAUGGUUCAGGGGUAGGUGACAGAUGCGAGGGCUACGAUGCAGCCGAAAAUGUCAAAGCUCAUGCCCUUUAUGCCCAUUCUCGCCUGCGUUCCUCAUUUGUUUUCAAGCCUACGUUGCCAGAACAAAAAGAAGUAAGUAGCUGUGCGAGUUCUUCAAAUUCAACUAUCAUUGGUUCGGAGCAUAGUGAAACACCCAAAGGCACACCCAAUCAUCUUCCAAAGCUGCAGGAUGUGGCUGAUGAUUCAGAGACAGAACCAAGCCCUAAUGUCCCCCUGGAAGUUGACGUAGUAAAAAGCCAGAGCCCACAAGUCCCAGAACAUAAAAAGCCUAGUUGUAUUCCUCCUGCUGUCAGAGAGCAGCCUGCCUACUUAAAUACACCUCUUACGAACAGACCAGUGGAAUUUCUGAAAAAUCACAGAAAUGAAUAUAUACUGAAAAGACGAAGUUUCCCAAUAUUUAACCAAUCAAAGUCUGCUUUGGAUAAUGGGGACAACAAAGAGGAAAGCAACUAUAUCUAUAGCACCCUAAAUAGGAAUAGAGUUAAACCAGUGCCCGUCAUAACACCUCCUCCAGAGGAUUCACUAAAAAUGUCUAAAAGCUUGCACAGUGUACCCAGUCAUCUAGCAGAUGAUGCCAAAAAACUCACGACUGAAUCAAAAGGCUCUUCCACUGCCAAGUCCAUCUCUGUGGCUGCAUUAGUUGAAGUGAGCAAAGAAGAAUCCAGUAAAGAUGUCUUGCCAAAGAAAGAGAGCAAGAAUUCUCCAAAUUUCCUUAAAAAGGGAUCACAGAAGCUGAGGUCAUUGUUGAACCUCACUCCAGACAAGAAAGAAAACUUGUCAAAAAGCAAAGCACCUGCUUUUUACAGGAUGUGUAGCAGUUCCGACACUUUGGCAUCAGAAGACGAAGGGAAUCAAAAACCGAAAGUGGCUGAGCUGAAAGCGGAUUGCUCUCCACGAAAAAAGAGAAUGUCAUCCUCCAAUUCACAAGGGAGCUUGCAUAGGAGUAAAGAGGAUGUUACAUUGAGCCCAACAAAAUCCCCCCGAUCUCCCAAGCUCCCCAAAUCCCCCAAGUCACCAAAGUCACCCAAGUCUCCAAAAUCUCUGAAACCCCCAUCAGAAGAAAACCUUAAAAGGUGUCCUGCUGUGAUGCCCUUGGAAAGCAUGUUGUUAGAACCCGCAGGCGACGUUUCGACUCCCAGAUUUAACACCGAACAGAUUCAGUACCAAGAUACCAGGGAGGUGUCUAAAAACAAAGUCCGGGCGCCUGGCCACGCUCCUGCUGGUGUUCUUUCUCAAAGAGUCGGCACGCCAAGGGCCAACGCAGCGACAGCUCACCCUUCAAGCACAAAGCCUAAAGAUGAGCUAAUAAGACCUCGCUUGAGCGAAAGGCGUGUUUACAGUCGCUUUGAGCCAUUCUGUAACAUGGAAAGUUCUACUCAGCAGCCGGGAGGAACUCAGGCUGGAGGUAGCGCACCCAGAAGCGGUGCUCAGCUCUCAGAGACAAACAGCAAGGCCUCCAGAAAUAACUAUUCCAGGAGUAAUCAGGUGGCUACUUACAACCCUGGCCUGUACCACCCGUUACACCCGAAUGAAAACAAAUUUCGGGGAUUUAUGCAAAAGUUUGGGAAUUUCAUAUACAAAAACAAAUAAAGCAUCG